CACGAAACUCUUUUUUUAUUUUAUUUUAUGGAUAACUAUUUUUCUUUAAAAGGAAAUGAAACUAGAAAAAACCAAACAAAAAAAACAGUUUACCACCUCAACAAUUCUUCGAAGAGAUGGAGGAUAUGAAGCCAUGUGCCGCAAACUCGCCGCCGUUGACCCCGAUAGGUUUCUUAGAGAGAGCCGCCACCGUUUACGGUGACUGUACCUCCAUCGUUUACGGAACUAACACCGUUUACACGUGGCGUGAAACAAACCUCCGUUGCCUCCGCGUCGCGUCUUCUCUGUCUUCAAUCAGGAUCGGCAGGUCCGACGUCGUCUCCGUUCUCUCUCCCAAUACUCCGGCGAUGUACGAGCUCCAGUUCGCUGUUCCCAUGUCCGGCGCAAUCCUCAACAACAUCAACACACGCCUCGACGCACGCACCGUCUCUGUUCUUCUCCGUCACUGUGGAUCUAAGCUUCUCUUCGUCGACGUCUUCUCCGUCGAUCUCGAUUAUGUUUAAUUAAGUUUAAGGAUUUCAAUUC